AUGGCCGAAGCUGUAGCCGGAGCUGUCGUAGCCGAACAGAUAGUCUCGACUGGCGUCGAGGUCGGUGCCGCUGCCGCCGUCGCCCGCCCGACGCAACCACUGAAGGCGACGCUGCAGAAGAUAGCGACCAUCGCGGCGCAGGACACAUCGCUCGCCCUAGCGAGAUCCCACCACACUCUCACCGUGAUAGGCAAGAGAGCACACCUCCUCGGAGGCAAGAAUCCCGACGGCCAGCUCUGCGCUGCUGACGUUCACUCGCUGUCGCUGAGCCCCGAGGAUCCCGGUCCGCCCUAUGCGUGCUACCCGUCUCUCCCCGCAGAAGACGGAUCUGCUGGCGAAACUCUGGCUCCCUCGCCCCGAUGGGGCCAUGCCGCUGCUCGUCGCGACAGAUUUCUCGUCGUGCACGGCGGUGCCAAUGCGGGCGGCAGGUCCAUCGCCGAGGAUGCCUGUUUGUGGCUGUGGGACACCGAGACGUACGGGUGGACCCAAAUCAAGCCCUCGUCCAAAGAUGGCCCCCAGGCUGUGCAUGGGCACUACAUCUUUGUCGACGAAAGGGCGGACGUACUGUACCUGCACGGCGGUACGAAUGCCUCGGGAGCAACGUGGAAAUUCGACUUCAAGGCCAGCAGCUGGUCGAUUCUGCCUCCAUCGCCCGAGCAGCCAGCUGCGGCUGCAUUUGUGGACGGUGUGCUGUACAGCAUUGGCAUGGAGACGGGCGUCCACGGCUAUGUUCACUUCAUGCGAAUCGAAGAGGCGGACAAGGAGGCCCCCUGGACGAACAUUUACUUUCCCAUCAACCCGAUUGCCCCGGGACCCACAGCUCGCCCUGGAGGCGUCCUGCUCCCUAUGGGCACGGGAUUCGGGCGCAAAUAUCUCGUCUAUCUGCCUGGCAGACACAAGGACGCCACGACCCAGGUCCCCGCAGCUGAGGCAGCGCGCGAGCCUGCUCAUUCGGACAUCUGGACGCUGCAGAUCUUUCCUGAGCCCUAUAGUGCCGCGAAUCUGAAGGAUGUGGUGCGCGACAACCUGCCGGGCUCGUUCGACUCGGGUUUAUUCGACUGGGCCGAGGUGGAGGUGGUGCCGGCGGAGGAGGAGACGGCGUGCCAGGGCAAGGCUCAUCCCGGUCCCAGGGGUUUCUUUGGCGCGGAUGCAUUCCCAGCAGAGACGUCGGCUGUGCUCUGGGGUGGGUUGAAUGAGAAGGGUGAGACGGAGUCUGAUGGAUGGGUGUUGAGAUUCAAGUAG